AGAACCAGAGAUUAUAAAAAUCAACGCUUCAUUUGCAAAAUGCACACGUGACUCGCAAAAGAUGUAGUUCUUUUGGGUUUAUCCCUUUAGCUGCAUCAAUUAUUACAUGAAUGACUUUAAUUUGAACACGCUAACAUUUUUCUCAGUAAAUAUACUUUUAAUUGGAGCUAUUGAUUGGAUAGAGAAGCUUUCUCUACCUGAUGACUGCUUCAUUCUAGAUUUUGGGUACAUUAAUGUUUUUUUGUCUUCAUUGUGCAGACAAUGAUUAUAUAGGAAAACCUUUUGUGCUAAUUCAGCUCUUUCUCAAACUGUCUGCAAGUGAACCUGAGAUGAAUAAGGGUAAAACAUGCUGAAACAGAUAAUUGGGACUUGAGGUUAGUCGGGAACCUGAUACCGACCUUUUCAGAACCCUGAGACGGCAACUAGUUACAAAAGCACUCUUAUAUAGAUUUAGAGACUGCUUGGGUGUGUGUAAUAUCUUCAUGAGAGUAGGACUUACAUGCUGCUAACAAGGUUAAGCAGAAAUACAUAAAUCCUCUCUUUCUCUCAAACUUGAAUCGUCACAUUCUGUUACUUCCCUUUUUAAUUAAGACUUGAACUUACAAUGUAAACUAUCAUUGACUGUACAAAUACCUCAUCUGUGACGUCUGACAUGAUGUCGGGGCUAUAUUCAGUCUUCUGUAAAUGAGGCAGUUAAACGCGGGUGCUGUGAUUUUCUUCACAUUCCGUUGACACUUCAUGCCUGCGAUUUCUUCCUCCACAACACAUUUACGCUCAUCACUACCUCGCUCACUCCUUUUCUCCUCCUCUCAUCUUUCUUUUUGCCCCUGUCUGUAAUUGGAUUCUAUUUUCAGGCCGCCAUGAGUUUCUGUGUGUCUCCUGUGUUUGUGUCUCGCACCCUGUUUCUUCCCAUCUCUCCUCCAUCAUCACCCUCUGCGCCCAUCGUUCUCCACUGGUCUGUCACCAUCUCCUCUGCCCUGCCCGCUCUCCAUCGUUUACCUGUUUCUUACUAACUGGUUUACUUUUGCAAGGCAUCCAUUGAACUUUUUUUCAUCCCUUUAUGUGUAGCUGUUAGGUACGGUGAAUAUCACAAGAAAAGCUGCAUGUAAAUUGUGCUGGAUGAGGUAAUGCAAACUGCACGAACUGAUGGGAAUAGCUCUCUCAUGACCUAGUUCUGGUAGUCUGGGUUACACAGCGAUCUAAGAGAGGAAGUUAUAUUUAGUUAGGAGAACAAACUAGAAAAAGAGAGGAUGAGAAGUACUGUAGAGUCUGCAAAACACAAGAGUGAUGUAUAUGUAGGCAGACAAAGAAAUUCUAAUUGCAUUGUGGGCUAGUGGUUUGAGUCAUUUUAGGCAAGGCAAUUAAUCAGUUAAACAGUAUUUAAGAAGGGGAGGAGUGGAAAUUAGGAGACUGGCAGAGGGAGGGAGUCUUGCUGUAGAAGUUGGUUGGCUGUCAGGAUCUCUCUAGAGGUCCUGCAUGUGUUUAAAAGACCAAAAAUACUUAGAGAGAAAUGAGGAGAGGCUGUCAGAGGUGGAAAUGUUGACAGGCGAGUAGAAGAAAUGGGGAUUUCUCGUCGAACCACAAAAGUCUCAACGGCGAGGCCCGGAAGCAGUAAAACCUCGACGCGCACUCCGCGAUGCGGCCGUGCCGCUCAGAGCCGCAACACGCCUGUACGGACGGUCAACAUCCGACCGCUGCCGCUGCGAAGCUCACCUCCAUUCAAACAGCAUGCUCAAGCCACACAUCCACGCAAGGCGCACUCGCGUCCGACGCAGACUCACUGCUCGACUCAGCACCACGAGCAGCACAUGUCGCAUGCCGAUCAUCACUCAGGCUGCACCUUUUACUGCUAUUUUUGCUACUGCUUUUACAGCUGCUGCCUCAUGUUGCUCUCUUUUUCUCUCCUCCUCCUCCUUUCUCCGCCUCCCAACGCUCCCUUCUCUGAUCCCUCCUCCACUUUGACCUCAAAUACCACCACACCUCCUCCCUCCUCUCCAAUCACACAACUUUCAACUUCCUGUUUGGAUGAACUUUCCUGCUUCUGCCCGGAUGCCAACCUGACUUUGUCUCCAAUUCCUCCCCAAUGCCCUCGACCUCUUUGUCUAAUCUCGGAUGAUUCCUCACCUCUCCUCAUCACCUCCUGCCCUGACCCAACCAUCUCCGCCUGUCAUGGUUCCUCAUACUCCUCUACAACAUCGGACUCCCCCCCACGACCUCACAAACCAAUUCUCUGCCGGCCCUGGCCGUCAACCCGCUCUUUUUCCUCGCUACUCCUCUGCCCUCCCAGCUUUGGCGAUCCAGUCUUAUCCUAUGCCUCCACCCUGGAGCACAUUCCCUCCCGGCCUCGGACGCUGCUGCGGCAGCAGAGUCUGCAGCAGCCCCUCAUCCACCCACCCGGCCCGGGUCUCAGCCACCCGCCUACCACAUCCCAAAGCUUGGGACAAUUGCACACAGGACCUGGACAGCCUGGGGGAGGUGGUGGGGCAGGGAGAGGAGAUGGCGGCAGUAACAGUGGUGAGGGUGGGGGUGCAGGUACACGAGGCAGUGGUCGGGGUGCUCGGGGCAGCUCAGCGGGAGCAGCCUCCUCACGUUAUAGGGGAGGCGGAGCAGGAGGGCGCUCUCGUGGCAAUCCUGGCAGCUGGGAUUACAUGAUGGACCAGAUGAAGAACCGGGGCCUGGAUGUCAAGUCCUUCCUUGAAGGAAAGCUGGUGGUCCUGGCUUUGGCCAUUGGUGUGGCAGAGCAAGAUGACUUUGCCAAUAUCCCUGACCUGCAGGAAACAGCGCAGGCAGCACCACCAGCCAAUCAGGAGCCCCCUCCUGAGAAGAGGGGCAACAAGCCAGCAAACAGCCCCAAGGGUCACCCUCCUGAUGCUGACGGGCACUCUUCUGUAACUGACCUGGCGAACUCGCUCACUGGAGACAUGGUGAUGUUGUCACCAGGUUCAGAGGAUGAUGACGGUGAAGGGCCCGUCAGUGAAAAACUUGGUCGUAUCCAGUUCAGCAUAGGCUACAGCUUCCAGAACACAACCCUUACCGUCAAAGUUCUCAAGGGCCAGGACCUGCCAGCCAAGGAUUUCUCCGGCACCUCGGACCCUUUUGUCAAAAUCUACCUGCUGCCUGACAAGAAGCACAAGUUGGAAACCAAGGUCAAGAGGAAGAACCUCAACCCCCACUGGAAUGAAACCUUCCUCUUUGAGGGCUUCCCUUACGAGAAGGUGAGAGAACGCACUCUCUACCUCCAGGUGUUGGACUACGACCGCUUCAGCAGGAACGACCCCAUCGGAGAGGUGUCAAUCCCCCUGAACAAGGUGGAACUGGGCCAGCUGAAGACCUUCUGGAAGGAGCUUAAGCCCUGCAGUGAUGGCAGUGGGAGACGAGGCGACCUGCUGGUGUCUCUCUGCUAUAAUCCCACUGCCAACACCAUCACUGUGAACAUCAUCAAAGCACGCCACCUUAAAGCCAUGGAUAUCGGGGGCACCUCGGACCCUUACGUAAAGGUGUGGCUCAUGCACAAGGACAAGCGUGUUGAGAAGAAGAAGACGCCGGUGAUAAAGCGCUGUCUGAAUCCAGUUUUCAACGAGUCCUUCCCCUUUGAUGUCCCUGCCCAUGUGCUGAGGGAGACUACCAUCAUCAUCACCGUCAUGGACAAGGACAGGCUUAGCCGUAACGAUGUUAUUGGCAAGAUCUACCUAUCGUGGAAGAGCGGGCCAGCAGAAGUAAAGCAUUGGAAGGACAUGCUCGCUCGGCCGCGUACUAACGUCGCCCAGUGGCACUCUCUUAAGGCCUGAUCGCACCACCCAGCUUCCUCCAUGGCCACUUCCCGUCUCCUACUUCCCACCCCUCUUUUCUCUCCCCUACUCCCGCUCCCGUCCUUAUGCACAAGACUGACUUGCUGCCAGGCUGCGAAACACGGGUACAAUUAGCCAUCUGCUCUCUUAAACCUUUAAACUCUUCUCUAUUUUCUUUUAGAAUCUCAAUUUCCUCUUCCACUUCUCUCUGAAUUUCUCUCCCCUUGAGCUGUUGUAUGUUUUUUCUGUGUCGCCACUUUGCCAAUAGUCCCCCUGUUUCUGACUGUCUGUAUGUCUGUCUGUCUUUCUGUCCUUAUGCAAUCGGCCCAUGGAGGUCUAAUGAUCUGUUUAUUUGUCGCUGCAGUCCCUGACCAGUUAAACAAGUUGGUAUCUUAGAGAAUCAUAAUAAUUUGAACUCAUUUAAUAUUGUCGUAGAAAUAGUACAGUUAUACAAUAUAAUACAUAAGGCACUGUAUGAACAUACAAGUGGAUGUCAAUAAAUUACAACACCAUUGUAUUGUUAAUUUAGUGAUUCAGCUCAAAAAGUGAAACUCACUGCAUACCAAGUCAGUAAACUAGAGUAUUAUAUAUUUCCAGUCAUUAUGUCUGUUAAUUUUGAUGACUGUGAUGUACAGCUAAUAUGAACCCCAAAUUCAGUUUCUCGUAGAAGUAGGUUAUUACAUAAGACCAAUGAAAAAAAGUAAUACAGCAUUGUGGUGCUACAAUAUGUACUGUAUGUACUCAACAAUUGACCGGGGCCACCAGCCUGUGGCUCUGCAUUUGUAUGCGCCAGCCUGCAGUCCAUCCUCAUUGUUGGCUCUGGAAGCUCGACAAUGUUUGAGCUUCAGACCAGGAGAGUUUGCACUUUUGCCAUAUUCUGCUGGAAAAAUAAAAUCUGCACUUCUAUAAACCUCGUCAGCGGAGUGAAACAUGGAGUGCUCUAAAACCUUUUUGGUAAGCCUCUCUCCUGAUGUUGGACUUUAUAAAAUACUUAAGUGAAAACAACCUCGACCAGCUUGAAAUCUGUGCCUCUUCCCUUUAUCUCCAGUCUCUGGGACCUUGAUUUACCAAUGAAAAAUAAAAUCUGCUUUUCUAAUGAAGAGAGGACUUUGGACAUGUCGUUUUUUAGAAGUAUUUGUCAGUGUCUUGCAUUCAGCAGUGUCUUAACACAGGGAAGGUAACAGUUGCAGAUUAUAUUCUGGAAAUGACUGUGUGCUGUGACUCUUAAGACUCUGACUCCAGCCACAGUCAAUCUCUUGUGAUUCUCACCAAAAAUCAUAAAUGAGCUAGAAUCCUCUCAAGGCUUCAGUUAUCCCUGUUGCCUGUGCCAGAUUUUCUGCCACCCUUUUUCCUUCCACUCAACUUUUCAAUUAGCAGCACACUCUUGUGGUUUGCCACCUUUGUACAGAAUGUCAGUCUCUGUCUGCUGCUAUAUUCAAUUUAUUUGAGAAACAGAAAUGUGGGUUUUCAUUAGUUGUAAUCGGUAAUGAUCAAAAUAAAGAGACAUAAAUGCUCCAAAUAUAUAAUCUUUGUAGUGAAUCUCUAUUAAUUAUUAAUUUUAUUAAUUAAUUAACUUUUCUGUGACAUUAGGAUGCACCUGUACCCAUCUUAUGAAGAUAUAAUUUAGCUAUGUAGACUGGCAGGGUUUCACCUAUGAACAAUAGUUAACUAUAUCUUAGCCAUAUUCUGUCACCUGUUGCCCUGUUUCAUUAGUCUUUUCAUUGACUCUACUGUUCUCAUUAUUUGUCUCAAGUGUAUUACAUUUUUCUCUCAUAGCAAACCUUUUCUCCUUUACUCAAGAAUGGUUUAAUGUUCAGCCGAAGUCUUUGAAAGUGAUCGAUAAUAGGUUUGUGAUGAAACAAGCUGAACUCAGGAUGGAUUUGUUCACACUGUUGUCUCUUCUCUUCCUUCUAUUCUCCUCUCUGUACUCUUUUUUCCUCUUCUCUUCCUUCUGGCACAAUAUUAGUGACUUACUUUGCCCCACCACUCCUCUCACAACAACCCUCUUUCUGGAGCCUUCCUUGUCGUCUGUGUGCUGUGGGUGCUGUGCUGUAGCUCCAACAAAAAUAGAGAUUAAAAAAAGCAACUAAACUUUCCAAAGCUGGGAAAAGAGGGGACACAAACUUGUGACAUGGAUUCGUCCAGAUUUUUCCAGAAAGAAAAAAAAAAGACAUGGAGAGAGAAAAAAGAAGAUGAAAUCCUAGGAUGUCACUUUUCAUGCAUCGCCAACCGAGGAAACUAAUUGAAAUCUUCCAAUGUUCACAGAAAAAUCAAGGCUGAAAGCAAAGUCUGUGCACAUGGAAUCAGCUGUGUGCACACACUUCUCUUCGCCCUGUGCUCUUCUGUCAUGCUGGUGGGUGUCCACCUCCAGCAGGUUGGACUGUACAGUUAGACUGCUGUGUUAAUGUAUGCCUUCUGCCAGUUGAGUGUGCAUUUACAGGAGCAACACACUGAACUUUACAGAAAUCUUCUUCUCUUUUCUCUUUCUUCUCUCGCGCUCUUCUUGCUCUUCUUACUGCCAUUGUUUCCCCAUCCUCUACUGCCCUGCCUUCUGAACGAGGGCACGGGGAAGUUCAUUUUGCACUUUUUUGAAAAUGUAAUAAAAAUAAUAAUGAUGAUUAUAGUUUUUGAUGAUGAUGAUGAUGAUGAUGGUGAUGAUUAUAGCUGUGGUGAAAAUCAAGGGAGGAGAAUCUGGAAGGGUUGGCUGCAGUCGGCGGGGGAGAGGUGACGUCUGCUUGGUGUUUUCAGGGUUUGGAGUUGAAGCGAAGGACACAGAGGAUGCAGGGCUCUCAUCCUCCUCUUCUUGGUCUUUUUUGUGUUUUUUUUUUCUUCUAAAUUUCAGAGUACUUAUAUGUGCUUGUGUGUGUAUUGGGAAGGAAACUGCAGGACUCCUGGUGGGAGUCCACUGAUGUUUGAAAUGUCAGGCUGGGAUGGAGAUUCAAGGCACGUUUGCUUGUCUCAUGGAGACUGGCCAGCACAACAGUGCUAUUACACAAUGUGUCGAUUAACAUCAAGCUUGUCAGAGCUCAAAGCCACAGCUUGCACAUUGUUAUUCUGAAUGAGUCCAAGAAAGAAAAUAAUAAUGAUGAUUAUAGUCCAAGAAAGUUCAAGAAAGAACAGUUUAUAUAUAUACACUGACAGGAAAAGGUAGUUCUUAACCAUGUUCUGAAUUUUAGUUGCACUUCAUCAGAAUUAUAAAUGACGGACAGCUUGUGCGAUAUUAGAUGAAUGACUUGUCUGCCUCUAUAAAAUACUGCAGGAGUGGAUUAGAUGUUAUCUAAUGCAGUAAUAGUUGUCCAGUUUGUCAGAAACAUUCAGCUUAGCUUCAUACCUGUGGAAAUAAAGCAGCAACAAUAAAACUUAAUUAGAUGCUCAGUAAUUAGAUGCUCAUAGAUACCUCUGCUCUUUCCUAGUUUGCCGUUUAUCCCAGUUGUUUGCAGUUCACCUUUAAUGCACUAUUGUAAAGUUUUACGCUUAAUUCUGUCCCGGUGUUUCCCUAAAGCAGUCCCCAAUCUUUCUACACCUUGGCACUUUAUUCAGGAAGUAGCUAAAAUAUUUAGCUGAAUUACAGUAUCAGUACUGUGCUUUUCAAUUAAUUAAAAUUUUAUGUCAAAUGUACUCAAAUACAUCUAUUUAAACAUAUUUAAAUUUCCAGUGUAAUAUAAUAGCUUUUUAAACCAAAAGUAUGUAUAAGAAGAAAUGACUUGUGUUGAGUUAUAUAAAGCUCAUUAAAUAAGAAGACUCAUAUCACUGUAUAUUACUGUAUAAUACCUAUGCAUGUCAAAGUGUCAAAUACUGAAGUACACCAAUGUUUCAUUGGGGUAAAAUGUAAGAAUAUAUUAUGUUUCAAAGUUUUGUUCUUAAGGUUGUAAGUAAGUAAAUUCAGCUUUAUUUAUUUAUCAUAUUUUCACACAGAUGUCACAAAGUGUAUCAUAAAAAGGGUGACAUUGAUAAACCACACAGAAGUGUACAAUACAGAAGCCAAAACAAUCCAAUCAUCUUGUGACAAUCUAUUAUAAAUAAAAGAAAAACUUAUUUUUUUCUAUGUUCUUAAGGACAAAAAAAAUAAAAUGCUUUAAACUUUACAUCAUAAUAGUUAUGGAGACGGUAGAAUAUUUUGAAAGUUUUAAUUCUGCUGUGAUGAUUAACAAUCAGUAACAGCAAUACCAAAUAAAAUAUAAAGGAACAUUUCAAAUUAAAAACUAUAGCGAUUAUUUGGCUGUUAAAAAAUGGUAAAUCAGAAAAUAUAAAUUUUUCACUUCUGAUUUGCAAGCACAGCUGUUACCCCUUUUGUUUCCAUGUUUACAGGCUAUGAGAGAAUUUCAAUUAACCUUUCUCCAAAUCAACACAGAAAACUUGGAAACCCUACACCAUUAAAUGUAGGCUUAGUUGCUAAUAGUAAGCAAAUCCGAAACUAAUUCUAUAUAAAUACUAUUUUUUGAGUAUUUAAUACUAUUUAUUGUUACAAUAUUGUAUGUAACAAUAUUGAAAGAUGAUACUAUUGCUUUAAUAUUGUAAAACCAUCUUUCCUGGAAGUUGUCUAUCAGCAUAUAUGGAUGAACUAUUAUUAUAUAUCUCAUAAACUUUUAAAUAUACCCACAUUAGAACAGUAAUUUGAGUAUGAACAACUAUUAAAGCUGAUGCAAUUUUUAUGGAGUUACUGUUCUAAUUUCCUGUAUCUUCUGACUGUGCUGCCAUGCUAAUGAUAGUUUACACUUGAGAAGGGACAAAUAGUGAGGGAGUUGGUUCGAUUGUGUAUUUUUUUUCUUUAAUUUCUUUCCAUUACUUUAAAAAUUAAAAACAAAUUUGGUCUUUAUUCUUAAACUAGGAAUGUGUAAUGCAAUAAAAUUGUGUUUUUGCUGUUUAAGAAUAUUGAUAAUGUUUCAUCUUCUCUUAGAGACUAGGAGAUCAAACAGCAGCUAUAACGAGAGAAGAAUUUACUGCAUGUCUUGAUGCCCAAACAGUAGGAGGAUUCCCUAUCUGUGUUUACUUCAUUAGCAAUGGCUUCCCACCACCUUGUGUUCAGUUUCCAAGGUAACCAAGUGCUUGAUUGCUUAAUGGUUUAUGGCAGUCCUCUUGAAUUAUGUUUACUAUUCAAGAUGUAAUGCAGAUAUCGGCCACAUCAUUAGAAUAUAGUUGUUUUUCCCUGCUGCACAUCUUCUUUGUUGCCUAUGGGGAAGGAUGUUAGUUAGUAGCAUUAAUACUGCAUCCAAAUGUACAGGAAACUUGUGUUUUUCUUUUUGACUGUGUCUAUAGUGAUGUUUCUAGAUUAGUUGGCUUUGGAGAUGAGCAACUGGAUGAAAGAUAUUUAGAUGAGAUGAUAAACAAAAGCACUCAUCUUUGUGGGUGUAAAUGUUCAAGAAGCUGUAGCCCCACAUGUCUUGGGCUAACAGUUACGCACCAGUCUAACUAGUUGUUAGCUUAAUUCCUUCUCAAAUCUCUUCUUGAUUCUCUACGCUGAGAUUCUUCUGACUUUUAACCGCUGAUGCUGACCUGAAUCACUUAAUUUGAAACCCACUGUGUAAAGACUGCCUAAUAAGCGAGUCCAUACAUAGCACAGCUUCUGCUAGCACUGCCUUUUUAUCUCUUUUGAUUCACGCUAAAGAUGGUGUCAGCAUACAACUGUGCAGUUGUAAACUGGCCAGCGCUGUAUAACUCCUCCUCAUGAGUGUCGGUAAGCUUUUCUGGACAGCAUGCGGUGUGCCGAGUAUGUUCUGGGCACUGUCUUUAAUGUGGGUCUCAGUGCUGGCUGCUGUGAUGCACCGAUCCAGUCCAGUGCCCUUCAGAACAAUUGGCCAUCCAUGGAACAGGGCUCACUGUUUUGACAGCCAGUGCCUGCAGUGUCACAGCACAUUACACUCCCAUUAGGUGGUCAGAAAGGAGCAAUAUCUGCUUCCUUGGACCUGGGGGGGGCUCACUAUUUGCAAAAAUAACUCUGGCUAAGAAAAAAGAGACAUGGAGCGGUUUUAUUAACUAACAUGCGUGCAAGUAAAAGUCUUGUCACCCAUCCGUUAGCUUGGUCAGCUUUAUCUUUGCUAAUAUUGGAGCUUUUCCCAGCUAGAAUUAGGCAAGGGAGCGAGUACACCCUGAGCAGGUGCCAAGACCAUCACAAGGCUAACACAAGGACAGCCAAUGCCUAACAAUGGAUGUUUGUGGAGAUCAUGCAGAAAGGCCCCCAGGUGACCAGCAGUCCCUUUUUCCAGUUAUCUGUCAGUUCAAACCGCUGCUCCACCUGGCUUGUCAGGUAAAGACAGAAACUGAUCAGUGUAGUCACUCCUGAAGGUGUGAAAACACUUUCUGGACUUAUUAAGUCAACAGUUUAUCAACUAUUUCCCUUUAACUGAGUUACAUAUUAUUCAGAAGGCUGAGCUACCAGGCUUUAUAAAUUAGUCCUCAGUCACCCUGUGAGCUUGGAGAUACGCUGUUAUUUUUAUAACAUGAGGCAGAUUGUGAAGUCACUCAUCCUUGAAAAUAGACGGCUGAGAAGACUUUUGGACUUUUAGAAGUCUAAGCUCUGUUUUUUAAGCCAAAUGACCUCCUGAAUAAAAGAAAUAUUGGUCAGUGUUGGCAGGUUGCAUGAAUAACUUAUCUGGAAAUUUCAUAACUUUUCUUUUGACCACAAACUGAUCCUUCACAUUUAUGAUUAAUGGUAUCAUCAUAGCAUAUAAAGAAACUGUUGCUUAUUUUUUAGGAAGCGUAGCAGUGAUCUCAAACCUGGAUAUUUAUAAGGAUUACUUGUACAAAACGAGAUACAGCUAAGUUUCCUUUAGUGGUUAAAAUAGAAGAAGCAUUGAUGCUCUCAGUUGUGACUACUCUUAAAUGUUUGACUCUGGAAAAUUGUGGGGAAAAAUGCUGUGUGUUUGCUAUAAUGCCUGUUCCCUGAUGAUAGAUUUAGUUUGACAACAGAGUGAAAAUCCUUCAGAAAGCUUCUAUCUGUAAAAUAAUAAGGCUACCCUAAUUUAUCUUUGUUUUCUGCUAUCAGCUCAACAACCAAAACACAAAAAUGGAUGGAAAGUUUAAAUCUAAACAUAUGGAGACAUUAGCUCCCAAAUACCACUUUUUAAUUGCACUGCCACCUCUCUCACACGUCUAAACGUGUUGCGCUUUCUUGGCACCAACAAUGUCAGGAGUGACCUUCAGCAAGCCAGGGCUCAUGAAUAUACCUAGAGAGGAUUACAGAUGUUCCCAGUCAAGACUCCCCCCCCGCCCCCCCAGACACAGGGUCCACUUGGUGUGUUUGUUCAGCCUCAGUGCUGUCUCUCAUCAUUAUAUUCAAUUCCUGGCAGAACCAAUGAACAGGUGCUGGUGUGUUGCCUGAGUAAAAAACGUUUCAUUCUGCCCACAACUUUACUGCACAUUACUAUAAGUUUAUGUCCUUUUUCUGCAAUAAAUAGACUUUUUGUAUCUAGAACCAUUCCCAGACCUGUAUUGUCACCUGUAAUCACGAUGUGGAAAAGCUUUAAAAUAGAUUAAUCUUUUACUUCUAUGGUUGACAAAUAUUGAAAAAUCUAACAUUUAAUUUCAGAACAUUUGCUAAGUGUAAAAAACAAGCUCUCUUUUUAAAAUCUAAUUGUUUUAUGUUCCCUCUUUUAAACUACAUAAUCUCUCUAGAUUUGGUUCACUGCUUCGGCUCAGAGACUGGAAUGACGAUGGUAGAAAUGCUUAUUGUGUUUUAAACCAUUAUUCUAUCAUAAGCCCAAAUUAGAACCCAUUUUUAGAUUUCUGGCAGAACCCACCAAACUUAACUUUUAAAUGUUCUGGUAUUUCAAGCAGUUCCAAGUUGGUUUUUGAAGACAAACAGGCCCCCGCCAUCACAAAUCUGCCAUACUUAACAGCGGGCCUGAGGCAUGCUACCUCACAUUCAUCUUUUGUUUCAUGGCAGGUCAACCUGGAGUGUUUGUUGCAGAAAAAUCUUGCUCUCUAUUUGAAAUUUGGCACAGACAAUCAUAGUUCCCCAAAGAUGAUCCUAACAGACAUAUUUAUGUCUUUCUUAAAAUGAAAUAAAUCCAUGUUAGCUGAGUUGAAUUUUAGUUAUUCUUUUAAGACUACUCUUUGUGCAGUAGAGUAUAAACCUUACCCCUAAAGUUUAAUAUCUUGACAUCUUAUUUUGUACAUUUCCAUGCAUUUUUUAAAAUUGAUUUACAUUUACUAAACUUACAUAAUUAGCUUAAACCUCUCACAACUGAAGAGGUUCUACCUGUUCCUUAUGUUCCCUUGAGAUUUAUGAUGGUGUUUGUCCUUGUCUCAUUCCUCCUUCCCUUAAUAUUCCAUCGUAGUUUUCCUUGAUGGAUUUCUUAAGUUAAGCAUCAGUGACUCACUCUAUUGGAAAGGUGCCUGCUCUGCUGUAGUCUUUGCUAAAUUAAAUUAGGGUUGUUCUUUCUCUUGGAGACCUUAAUGUCUGUGUGUGUGGAUUAAAGUGAGGCUGUGGUAAUCCCAUCCUGGAGGAACAUCUUCGCUGCCUGUGCUUUAUUCUGCUGAAUCAUGUUGUGACGCCUGAGUAAGUUCAGGAGUCACCUGGCUCACCUUCGCUGUUUGUCUGCGUUCGUCCUGCCCUGCACCGACAGACCUCUCCUCUCCCGCCGACUCACCCUUUCAAUUGUUUUAAGCAUCUGGUGAAAACCAGUGUGACUCCUUCCAUUCAGGGUUGUAUGAAUAGUAACUACACGAAUAUGAAAAACAAUAAUGAGUAAUAAUUUCCUUUCUGUUCACAUUUGACUGUUGGUUAGUGUGUACGUAUGUGUGUGUUUGGUGUUCUUGUGUUUUUAUUUCUUUACAGAGCAUUGUGAAGAAUAAUUAUUUUUUUGUUUUGUUUUUUUAAAAAAACUUUAUGUAAAUAUUGUUGGUGAAAAUUAACAUUUAUUGUACUCUGAGUUUUCGUUUGUCACUCAAGGAGAUGAAGAAAACAACGAUACACAUGAAUAACAAUGGUGAUGUUGAUGAUGAUGAUGAAGCUGAUUAUACCUGCCCUUCUUGAAUAAGGGCUUUUGAUGUCUGCUGUAUUUUUGUUGGGGGCGUCGUGAGGUCAAGGCAAGACAAGCGACGGGGAAGGAGUGGUACCCGACACAUCCCAGGUUCUUUGUAGCAACACUGCCACACAAGUCCCCGAAUACACCCAGGUAACACAAAGCGACACAAAUUGUAGCCAUGAAGCAUCAUUGCAUUCUUACAACAUGCUUUGCGGUGUGUGAGAACAACACACACCUCCUUGUUGAGUCACUCCGACCCAGUCGCUUGGCAUUACAUCCCCCCCCCCCCCCCGUCAGCUUACAGGCUCUGGGAUUUACUGAAAUGCCAUUGUGUUAGAUGGGAUUGACCCUGUCCUGACACCCAUGAUGCCUUGCUCAUUGAAUUUGGAGUCAUUAUUGAUGUGUAGGGAGCCAUACAUAAGGAUGGGAAUGGCUUCCAUCAUCCUACAGCAGCAAGGGUAAUUUGCAUGCAUGUUUUAGUUCCCGAGUGGGCCGAUGUGAACUUGCCAAAUAACCGGCUUGUUGGUUGCUUGCUUAUUUGCAAGAGCUCUCAAACGCCAGCAAGGACAGUCCAGGAUUAGAGAGACAGCCGAACUAUAAACUGCCAUAUUGUGAUGUAAAAAAACUCAAAAAACAAAGCCUGCACCAUCUCUCCUCUUUAAAACAGAUUUUAGCUGUGCCAUAUCACAACAUAUUCCUUUGUUUUGUCCAGGACUCUUCUGUAACAUGCUAUUAGAUGUUAAAUCAUGUAUUAGUUGUAACUUCAGAAAAUGCCGAAGGAGCUUUUCUGUGCCGAUUGAUCAUUAAGUAGUUAGGAGAUAAGGUGAUGUCACACUGUGUGUGAGAGAGAGGAGUUGGUGUUGCAUAGAUCUGCAAUUUAACAAGAUUUUGGAAAUGUGUCAAAACAUCUUAAAAUAUCUUUGCACUUUGAGCUCAGCACAAUUAGUAAGAUUAGCUCAUUUAGUUUUGCAAACUAUGAACAGUUAUCAUGUGUGCUCACUGAAGACUGAGCAAAAACUGUGAAGACUACCAAUCCAGCUUGUUACCCGACAGACAGAAUUGAAUUAAAACAGAGCUAUUUUUCUGCAAUGCAUUCAGCCUUGCUUUUAAAAUGUUGGUGCCUCUUGUGGCUUCAUUUUUAAAUGCCUCAUCUGUGCUGAAAAUAGCUAACUUUGCUCAGUAACAACUUCCAAACCAAAGAGAGUUUUUGUCAGUGUGACAUUUUGGCGCCUGUGCUUUCUGAGCCUAAAAAAGAUUGGCUUUUUAAGUCAAUCAGUCACCGUUAAGACUGGGUAAGUGUAAUAUUUGAAUUCUGGUGGUUUGAUGAUUUCUCGGUGCGUCGCUGCAAUUUAUCCUCUUUGAAAUAAAUGAGGAAUUAAAAUGCACUUUUAUUUAUGUUCAAAGCAUGCUAUGGCUUUAUAAAACAUUGGUUAAAACAAGAUUGUGGUCAACUACCAUAAAUCCUACUUUGUCUGUUUUUUUAUAUGCUGCGCCCUCAUGUUUCAGGCCCAGCAUCCGCACAGUGCAGCGGUGGAGCUUAUCAGUUUCAUGUUUCUUUGAGGAGCGUCUCUGACCUGACAUGGUUUAGCAGAUACUGCCGGCAGCUGUCUCCAGGAAAGACAGUGGAUACACUUCUACCUUCAUCUGAAAUACCAUCCCUCUGAGGGAGUCCCACAAGGACGCUGAAGCUCCACACGCUAACCAAAAAUAAAGCCCAGCUACUUUCCCCUCCAAACUCGAUCUGUUGCUGAUUGUGAAUGAGAUGCAGGCCGAGCGGCGUCUAAAUCCUGCCAUUUAUACAGAGAUUUUUAAAUCAGGGAGGUAAUAAGCAAUACUCUUAACUGAGCUACUGAAUCCAAACUGAGAGGGGUUUUAUUUUUGCAUUGAGGGAUGUCAAGGGUAACACUCCUGCUUUUUGGUUGGGUUUUUAACUCCUUUCUCCACUUGCCUUGGCCCACCUCUUCAACAAAGAGUGCUCUAACUUUAAACACACAAUUGUGAUGUGUACAAUCUGAUUCCAUGUAUUUAUUUAUGUAUUUUUUUUGCCAACUUUGUAUAGUGUACAAAUAUCUAUAAAUAUACAAACCAUGACAGUACUGUAUAGAUUUUAGCUGCCUGGUAAGGUUAAUAGUAUAUACUUGGUAGACUAAAAGAAAAAGCGUAGAGCUGUUCAAAAGCCAGUUACUGAGAAAAAAAAAAUUGCUUUCUGUAAGACCCGAUGCCACUGGCUUUUUUUUUAUAUUCUAAGUUUCUGCUUUCUUUUUUUAUUGUAGCCAGUGGGAUUUUUUUUGUCCAUUUGUUUUGCUUUUGUUUUUGUUUUUUUUUAAUUUUGUUUUUAUUGGGGUUUUUUUUUUUUGACAAGACACAGCAAGGUUCUGGCAGCCAGGAGAGUGCAGUGGAACGCAGACUGGAACCCUGUGCAGUUGUGCGUGUUUUUAGGUGUGCGUCCGUCCAUCGUAGUGCUUAGUGCUCUUUGUGCAGUGCCUCCCUCCUCCCUCUUUUUCUCUUACGCAGAUUGCUCGCUAAGAUGCAGGAUGACUGUGUUUGCUGAGGCUAGCUGAUGCCCUCCUCCUUUCUCUUUUUUUCUCCUCACAUCCGCUCUGUUUCUUCAUUACACCGCUUAGUUUUAAUCCUCCACUAAGUAUAGAUUUCCACUUCCUCUGCUCGAUUGUUCAUUUACUAUCCCAUUCAGAUGAUAAUGCGCACACCACCAGAGUCUAAUUUCCUGGUAAUCCAUUCCAUCCCCCAUCAUCUAUCCUGGAUUCUUUGUCCAUUAGAGUCUCCCAUUUGUCACCCUCCACGUUACUUUUUCUAUAGAGCUCUGUGGACCAGAGAAUAAACAAAAAAAAGAGGAGAUCCAUGUUCCUCAUCCCAAGUCAAGCCUCAUCACUACAAACUCAGAGGAGAUAGAACGGCAUCAGCUCAGCAUGCAGCAACACAAAGCAGCCAUAUUGAAGUCAAGCACAGAUGUGAGAGUUUAUGUUGUGGCGGCUUAACUGCUGCCUGUUUGUAGCAAGAGCGAGAGGAAAAAAAACGCCUUAAAGAUCGGACCAACCACACAUAUUAAAGAUACUAGGAUGUGUACAUUUGUGGAAACCCUCCCUUUUCCUGCAUCACUUUUAUUACUUGGUAUUCCAGUGUGCUGCUUGGUUGCUCUGUACAUAUCUGUGUAGUACUUCUGUUGAUGUCCCUGUACUGGUAUAGUAAAGGGUUCUUACUGGGUGGCCUCGGCUGACGCCCUCCCUCUCCUGUUCUCGUCUCAUUCUCCUUAAACAAAAACUUCAAACAUUCCAUUUGAACCUGAACCAAACAGCUACUAAAGAUGAUUGGAUCUCACUGGGAGCUAAAGAGAAAGGACCGAACUGCAGACGUCUCUUACUGGAGCCAUGAUAAUAACCGAGACGCCUUGGUCACGUCCCUCUGAGGGCCGCAGAACCUCCACAUAUCCGCACUCGACUCUGCUCCUUCCAGCCCACCUCCUCUCUGGUCGGCCCUGGUUUUUAACAGAAGGGUGAGACAGAGGGAUGGGGUCGGGAGAGCCCUAGGAGGCAGCGGAGAGCCGCGUCUCUGCGGUCUGUCCCAGCAAAGGGAGGGAGGGCGUCUCAGGGCAGAGCUCAGUAGCACUUUGGUUUUGCGUUCCAUGUUUAUUUUUUUCAGCCUCUCCUGUUUUUUGGGCCGAGCGGACUGUGAUCUUACUGGGGUUUUUUUGUUGUUGUUUUUCUGUUCUCGCUCUCCUCCACUCAUCAGUGUUACACAGUGUGCUGGGUGGAAGGAGCCUUGGAGCUGAGCUCUGAUGUUGUUCCAUAUUAAAGAUCAUUUUUGCUACA